ACACAUUUUGUCGCCACUGCCCAGACUUUGACUAACCUUGUGGGCGCUGGGCUUUCGGUACUGCAGCCUCCUCAAAUAUUAUUAGCACUGCCUCCCCGCGCCUGUCCUGUCCCUCCUGGCCGCCGAGGUCCUGCCCUCGCCCCGGCGGAGCACGACCCGAGGGCACAGGAGAGCCUGGGGCCUGGGGCCCGCGCUGAGCAGCUAUGGCUGCGGCGAUAGCCAGCUCCUUGAUCCGCCAGAAGCGGCAGGCGAGGGAGUCCAACAGCGACCGGGUGUCGGCCUCCAAGCGCCGCUCCAGCCCUAGCAAAGACGGGCGCUCCCUGUGCGAGAGGCACGUCCUCGGGGUGUUCAGCAAAGUGCGCUUCUGCAGCGGCCGCAAGAGGCCGGUGAGGAGGAGACCAGAACCCCAGCUAAAAGGAAUCGUGACAAGGUUAUUUAGCCAGCAGGGAUAUUUCCUGCAGAUGCACCCAGAUGGUACCAUUGAUGGGACCAAGGACGAAAACAGUGACUAUACCCUCUUCAAUCUAAUUCCUGUGGGCCUCCGUGUGGUGGCCAUCCAAGGGGUGAAGGCCAGCCUCUAUGUGGCCAUGAAUGGUGAAGGCUAUCUCUACAGUUCAGAUGUUUUUACUCCAGAAUGCAAAUUCAAGGAAUCUGUGUUUGAAAACUACUAUGUGAUCUAUUCCUCCACACUGUACCGCCAGCAAGAAUCAGGCCGAGCAUGGUUUCUGGGACUCAAUAAAGAAGGUCAAAUCAUGAAGGGGAACAGAGUGAAGAAAACCAAGCCCUCGUCACAUUUUGUACCCAAACCUAUUGAAGUGUGUAUGUACAGAGAACCAUCACUACAUGAAAUUGGAGAAAAACAAGGACGCUCGAGGAAAAGUUCUGGAACACCAACCAUGAAUGGAGGCAAAGUGGUGAAUCAGGAUUCAACAUAGCUGGGAACUCUUCCCUCCUUCCCUUUCUCAUCCCUU